UGCGAUGAUGAUGAUGAUGAUGAUGAUGAUGAUGAUGCAAGCUGUAUAUAAAAAUGAUCUGACAGCGAGAGAACACAUUCACCAGGAAUUCUGAAUCCUAAACUGAACUUCUACACUUGAUUCUUUCCCUUCAGUGUUAUUUCACCUAAACGAUGACUUUGUCUCUGAGGAUAUUUGGAAUUCUGCUUGUCAGUCUCACAGGAGUACGUGGACUCUGGGAUUUUCCAGAAAAUUUUGUUGUGGCAAAAAGGAACAACACAACGCCAGUCACGCUGACCUGUGGCACUAAGAUUGAUGGACCUGUCACAUGGAAAUUUGAUGGUGAAGUGAUAGAGGAUUUUGACGACUACAUCCAGCCAGACGGUCAAAAUUUGAAAGUGUCAGGAGUAGAUGCACCGCUGCUGGGAGAGUACAGCUGCUGGAGCGGAGGAGAGAUGUUAUUGUCAACCUACCUGCUGCUGGAGGCUGAGGAGGAGGGAGAAUCAGAGUCCCUCAUCAAUUGCUGGGCAAAGUCUUAUGACUGUAACUUCAACUGUAAGUGGACCAACAGUAGAUACACAGCAGUGCGCCUUGGACUGGACAAUGAAUGCGCUAAAGGUGGGAAGUUGUGUCACUGGGUCAGAAGCAGUGAUGGGGGAUUCCAGUUUGAGCUGUCGCACUCCCUCUCACCCUACGCCGAGGAAACCACCAUGAUUGAGCUCACUGCUGAGGCCAUUGUUAGCCUCUUCGUCUUCAGGAUAACCACGAGCUUUUAUCUCAGGGACAUCGUUCAACCCGAUAGUCCCCAGAUUGUCAUGUGUCAGGAGAUGGAUCAGAACCUGAACGUGACCAUUAAACCUCCAUCCAGCUGGUCCAGCCCUCACAGUUUCUUCAGUCUGGAGCACGAGAUUGAAUACGUGUUUAAAGAUGAUGGCAAGGUUGGACGCUCUUCCUCUUCCUUGAUCCCGAAGAGUGUCAGUAAGCUGAGGGUUCGCUCCAGAGACUCUGUGGUGCUCUCAACCUGGAGCCAGUGGACUCCUUGGAAAAAUUUGAGGACCAAGGCAAAUAACUUGUGCAAAUGCAGAAACACAGCAAAAUAUUGCUGUCCAGAGUUGCCAUCUGGGUACUUGGACCAAUGCCAGAAGAAAAGGAAGAAAAGUGCCAAGUCUAGUCAGACAUCUUAAAAAAGUGUUCUUUUUUUUGCUAUUAAAAAUGUACAUUGCAUCUGGAAUCAUUGCAGUGUACGAACAAACAUAUUGGAAUAAUGGAAAAAAGUGUGUGUGUUUGUGAAAUGAAUUGUUCCUUUGAUUGCAUUGCCCAGUGCUUGUUAUUUGUUAAUGCAUUUUUUAAAUUAAUUAAUGCAGUCCAAUGGAACAACCAUGCUAUAAAUUAUACCAACACAAUAAUAAAUAUAAUAUUCAGUUUUUUGCUAAAACAAUUCAUUGUUAUUAUUAUGCAUCUCAGUUUUUGUCAAAGAGUGAAUUUGUGGCAAUUGUUUAAUAUUAUUAUCAUUAUCACUAUCAUUACUGUCAUUAUUAUUAGUAGUAGUCGAACUAGUAUUAGUAGAAGCAGUAUUUUCCUAUUGCAUUUCAUUUGUAGGAAAAUCAACAAGAGCUUUUUUUUCUCAAUGCCAUAAAAUGGAGCCCAGUAGCAUAUUUUUGCCCUGCGUCCCCCUACCAUUUGUCCGGCUUCGCAACGUACGCAUGCACAUGACAGACAUACCAUAUAUGGUUGUCAAACUGCUGCUCUCGUGGAUGUAAACGUGUAUCAUUUAUCCCAGGAUAUUAAAAAUAUAUAUUUUUUAACAUCAAGAAAAAUAUUGUCAGUACAGUUACUACCGUUACACUACUUCACUUGCUGAAAACUGUCCAAUCUUUUCUGUCAGACGACGUA